ACCCAAGUCACCUGAGAGAAUCAACAAACGAAGAAAGAACAAGAUGAAGGAUUUGAUUGCUGCUGCCCUCAAGAGCACUUACGAUACUCGGAGCCCCGGUGGAGUCGAACGAUGCAUCGAUCUGUUGAUUCGGUUGAAGUCUAUGUCUCUCUCAGUCAAGGACAUUCUUUACUUCUCCAAGUCGAUCUUCAAGCUAGAGACUUUGAGAAGACACCGAAACCCUAGAAUCCGAGAAGUGUCUCAAUCUUUGUUUACUUCCUUGUUGAAGACGCUCUACUCGCAAGGAUCAGACAAAUCUGCCGGUCUUAACGCAGUUAGUCUGAAGAGGAAAGAGGCAAACACCGGGUCUUUGACGAAUAAAAGGGCAAAGACCAAUCUUUUGGUUUCGGACCAGAAACAAGAUCACAAAACUCUCGCUCGGGAACCUGUGGUAAGGAGGACUGAGACAAAGAAGACCGAUGCUUGCAUGUCUGUUACUACCACGGCUCUUCCUCAGCAAUCGAGACGGGACAUCAAAGAUGGUAAGGUUACAACCAAAACCUUGAUUCAUCCUCCGAGGAGAGCCCCUGCUUGCAAGAACGUUCCAGCUAAGGAUUCUAGAAACCCUAGAACAGAGGAGAUGGUGGAGUUGUUUGAAGCAGCAAAGAAAGCUGCUGACGUGGCCAACGCUAAGGGUAUUCUAUCUGGCAAAGCAGACGCGUCUCGGUGCGUUGAAGCUAUCUUGUUACUCACGAAGAUGAACGUCACUCCAAAACCUAAUGAGCCAAGGAGGAUGAUUGAGAGGCUUCAGGUACUUACAAAGCACAAGGACCGUGCGAUUUGUAAUGCUGCAUCAGCCCUUCUUCAACUUUGGAGACAGAGGAUCAGAGAAGAAGAACGUAAAGAGUCUUCUGCCAUCAAGAACCCUCGUAAAGCUCAAGGAACAUGCGGCAAGGGCUUCACAAGAGAAUCUACAAAUGCAAUGAAGUUAGUGAUGUGAAGAUUGUAGCUUUGAACAAAAUGUCGCUGAUAGAUUCAAUAUAGCUUGUAGUAAAUCAAUGUAUCAAGAGUAGUAUGAAAGUGAGGAAGAGAUUGAAACCAUUUGUAAGAAACUGAUUUGAUAGUCAAUAAAUAAAAUUCAUUUUGUUUCUUGAUACUGAAGUUACUAAGUCAGUGGUUUCAGCAACUCUCUGUUAUCAUAAACUAGUUUAAAGUAACACACAGCAUACUAUUAUUAUCACUAAGCAUUUGCUCCUAAUGAACCACACAGGCUUGUAACAAAGCAAGAGAGUAUUUCCUAUCACGAAUCCAAACAACACUUCAAAGCACAUACACUAAUUGUUACUGCUCUCCACUUCCAUGUUUCUUCUUCUACUUCUGGCUCUUGUGUCGAUGGUGGGUUUGUGGUGAAGCAACUUUCUUCAAGAGGAAUCCCCACAUAACUCUGGAUUCCAUUUAAAUUCUCCCUUGUGGUAUGUCACCAGUGAGCUGAUUGUCACAGAGACAUCUUCCACUGUACGCCACAUAUGAUAGUCACAACUGGAACUCGUCUUUAAUAGAAGUUCUUCCAAAGCUUGCCUGAGGAAUGCACAACAGAUCAGGAAGGGUUUAAUGAGGUUUUGGAUGAACGCUAUAACUGUCUUAAUAAAAUAUUCCAGGAACAACCGGAGAGCAUAUUAAUCAUUGUUUGCGUUUUUCAGGUUUCUUGCUGAAAGAUAUGAUCUGAGGUUUUGUCAGCACAAUAAGGCCUAAUGUCUUUGCUAGAGGAACAAACUGUAAUAUAUCUUGAAGAAAUUGUAACCAGACCUCCUAAUCUCUGUAAGCGAAUUGAAUGUAUGAGAUCUCAGUUUCCACAAAAGUAUAAGAUCUCAAAUGCUAUAAUAACUAGAUAAAAAGAAACAAAGCAUUGAAAAUCAUCACUUUUUUCCUACGAAAUAAUAAUGUAACUCAUACUACAUGUGGUUUCAAAUGUAUCUCAUACUCAGCUAAAAGACAGCAUCUCCUUGUUAAGUUAAAAAGUGUUUUAUGCAAAUGGGUGAAGGGUCUGAAGAUUCAAGCACUAUAUAAGAGCUUUGCAUUAAAAAAAAAAAGAAGAAGCAAAAUUAGAAGCAAACACAAAUAUACAAAGAAUUGAGCGGAAUGGUUUCAUCAAGCAAGCAACCUUUUGUAAGAGUUACAGGACGCAUUCAAGCAAUGUCAAGAAUGAAAAUUUCAAAAGUCCAAAUCAAAGAGAAAGCCUUUACCUGCGUUCUCUAGAGAGAGCCACUUGUGUUCGUUUUGAACUGCUAAAUUUGCAGAAUCACCAAUGGGGCUAUAAACCCCAAAACGGACAUUUUGAUCAAUACUGGAAGAUUGUGCCAUGUGUCAGGGAAUCU